AUGACCAUCGACGAGCCAGCCACCUCCGUGCGCAUCCUCUCGGUAGAGAGGGUGCUCCCCGCGACCCUCGCCUUCCCCGCACCCUCGGUGCCCGAUGCGGUCCCCUUUGACGGCCAGGACCUCGCCAUGCCGAGGAUGAACAUGCACUGCAGCUGGUUCCUCAAUGUCCACGACAAGCCCCACCUGGCAGCUGUCAGCUUCGAGCAGAUCGCGCAGCAGGUCCGUACCGGCCUCGCAAGCUUCAUCGCCCAGUUUCCCGCCGCCACAGGCCAGGCCAAGCUGCACCAGGACGACUCGAGGUGGUGGCUGCACUACAACGGACAGGGCGCGGACCUCCACCUCGCGCAGGUCGAUGCUCCCCUUGGCGAUACCUGGAAGGGCCUUGGCGCCAAGAUGGACGGCGACCUGGCCCCCAGGGGUGUCGUCAUCCACAACGACGAGGACUCGCUGUUUGCGGUCAAGCUGACCAGGUUUUCUUGCGGCUCCCUGUGCCUCUCGACCAGCACGCAUCACUGGCUCGUCGACUUUGUUGGCUACCUCGACCUGAUGGACCUCUUUGGCCGCGCCAUUGCCGAUCCGAGCGUGCGCCUGCCCGCCAGGAACUGGAGCCGCAACAUGCUGGACCUCGUCAAGGACACGCCGCCCGCCUCGAUCCCCGGCGACGAGUGGUUCAAGGAGCGCACCAAGCAGGCGGUCCCGACCCGCCAGCCGGGCCCCUGCCGCAACCUGCUGCUCCUCUUCACCGCCGACGACCUGGAGCGCCUCAAGCAGGAUAUGGGCAAGUGGGCUGCUGAUGCAGGCGAGGAGUGCGCGCCGCCGCACCAGUGGAUCUCGACCAACGACGCCCUCCACGCGCUGCUCUGGUCGAGCAUCAGCCGCGUGCGCGGCCUGGAGGGCGACUCGAGGCGCACCCGGCUGCACACGCCGCUCGACGGCCGGAUCCAUGUGCCGCGCUCGCUGGACAAGGAUGCGCCGUACGUCGGCAACGUGCACCCGGCCCACGUGAUGAGCGCCCGGGCCGACGAGGUCGUGGUGCCGCGCAGCAAGCUGUUUGAGCUGGCGUGGAGGGUGCGCAACGAGUACACGGCGCCGCUCGACGCGCCGACGAUGAGCGCCAUUGUGCGCGACCACAACUACGCCGCCGAGGGCUCGCCGCCGGGCUUUGGCUCCGGACGGAUGCCCAACCAGUCUGCCAUGUUUGGCGAUGAUGUGACGAUCAGCAACGUGGGCAAGAUGGACCUGCGCAAGCGGCUCGACUUUGGCCGCGAGCUGGGUGGCAGCCCGAGCAGCAUGUGCGUGCUGGGCAUCCCUGCGGUGCAGAUGGGCCCGCUGACGCUGCGUGCGGCCGACGGCACGGCGCUGAUCCUGCCGGCGCCCGAGACGUGGACGAGCUACGAGGCGGCGCUGUCGUCGCGGUCGGGCUCGUACACGGCCGACGAGGUUGCGCGGGGCGAGUGCAAGGGCAAGCCGGGCAUGCUGGUGCUGGUCGGCUUGCGGGAGCAGGAAGUCGGCGGAUUCCUUGGCGACGAGCUGGUGAGCCAGUUCUGCCACUGCCUGUAG